GGCCAGAAUGGCCGCUCCGCUCCGCGUCCGCCGCUCUCUCGUGCUUCUCUCAGCCCUUGCAACGCUGGCGUUCUAAAACUCACAGUCGGAAAGGUGCUUCAAUUCUAUUCGCGCAGCGGUCGAUCGAUCUAUGAAAUGCAUUGCACUCCAUGAAGAUGGAAUUGAUGGAAUGCACAGUGUCGUAGUGUUUAUACGGAGCACGGCGAAGUGCCACAUUAUCUAUGGGAUUCGGCGUAUUUUUCACAAUAGUGGAGAAAGCCGCGACUAAUUCGGGACAGAAUUCAGAAGAUUUCGCAGUCACGCUCGGCUACGACGUCCAGAGGGGCGUCACUUUAUAUUCGGAAUAUUAGCUACGGAGCUUCUCCUCCCGAACAACUUUUUUUCGCUUGAUCUUCCGCGGUUUUUAUCGUGGACGCGUGGUGCGUAUACGCGAAUCCUUCCAGUCCUGGAUGAUCUGAUUUUUCCCAGCGACACGAUGGUCACGGAGAUUUAAGUUCUUAGCAGUCAGAUUAUUCUUGGUGGUCAUUCUUCUGUAACAUACAAUAUCAGUGGCAGGGAUAUCGGGGCAUCAUGGCUAUGCACAGCAUACCACCGAAGCGAAAAGAAAUCUACAAGUACGAGGCGCCAUGGCCGUUGUACAGCAUGAACUGGUCGGUGAGGCCCGACAAGAGGUUUCGUCUGGCGCUGGGAAGCUUCGUGGAGGAGUACAACAACAAAGUACAAAUUGUCUCGCUGGACGAAGAGACGUCCGAGUUCAGUGCCAAAAGUACAUUCGAUCAUCCUUACCCGACUACGAAAAUAAUGUGGAUACCGGACAGCAAAGGUCAGCUUCCCGAUCUUCUCGCCACAUCCGGCGACUAUCUGCGAGUGUGGCGCGCCGCGGAGCCCGAGACCCGUUUGGAGUGCGUCCUGAACAACAAUAAGAACUCGGAUUUCUGCGCGCCGUUGACGUCCUUCGACUGGAACGAGGUGGAUCCGAAUCUGAUCGGGACCUCGAGCAUAGAUACCACCUGCACCAUCUGGGGACUGGAGACGGGGCAGGUUUUGGGCAGGGUAAACAUGGUCAGCGGCCACGUGAAGACGCAGCUGAUAGCGCACGACAAGGAGGUGUACGACAUCGCGUUCAGCCGCGCCGGGGGCGGCCGCGACAUGUUCGCCUCCGUCGGCGCCGACGGUUCCGUGAGGAUGUUCGAUCUGCGACACUUGGAGCACUCGACGAUCAUCUACGAGGAUCCGCAGCACACGCCGCUGUUACGAUUAGCGUGGAACAAGCAGGAUCCCAAUUAUCUCGCUACCGUGGCGAUGGACGCGUGUGAAGUCAUCAUUCUGGACGUUCGCGUGCCGUGCACGCCAGUCGCGAGAUUGAACAAUCACAGGGCCAGCGUUAACGGGAUAGCCUGGGCCCCGCAUUCGUCCUGUCACAUUUGCACAGCCGGCGAUGAUCAUCAGGCUCUAAUCUGGGAUAUACAGCAGAUGCCAAGAGCAAUAGAGGAUCCUAUACUCGCUUAUACCGCCGCGGAAGGCGAGGUCAAUCAGAUUCAGUGGGGCGCCACGCAGCCCGAUUGGAUAGCCAUUUGUUACAACAAAGCGGCCGAGAUUCUUCGAGUGUAAAUGCCUUCUUCCGAAUCGAAAAGCGCAUUUAUUUUAUCUCUAGGCGUUCAAACACAUGCUACUGGAGUAAGUUCUUUCUUAUUAUUAAUAUAAGAGACAUGUAUUUUGUUUCUUGAAAACAGCAACUAUAAAAACAUUUCAUUUGAUGCGUUUUGCAAUUGUACAUAUGUUUAUAGAAAUAUUAUAAAUUUAAUAGCGAACAUUUUCCAGAGAGAAAAAAAAAGUCACGGUGUAACACAGUGAAUUAUUUCAUUUUUGUGGCUUACCGAUGUUAAACGGGAAUGAAUAGAUUCACUGUGUCUCUUGUUGGAAAAUGUCCAAUUAUUAGGGAUCGUUUCUCAAGAAUAUGGAUACUUAAAUUACAUUAAUAUGUAAUUAAUUAGGCAUCAAUCAUUUUAAAUGUCAUUCUUAAAUUAUGUUAGGUUAGGUUUUAAGAAAACAAUUUUGCGGCUAUUACAGCAAUCGGAUUGAAUCAUUAGAUUGUAGCGUUAAUUAGUUCGCAGAAUGUGAUCGCAGUGUGAUUGCAGUUUUAAGUAUGUAAUGUACAGAUUUUUAUAGCUGUAAAUUUUUGAUAUGUGAAUAUAUAUAUUAUGCAAUGACACACUGCCAUAUACGAAUACGCCAUGUACUCGACGAUUGUAUUGUCAUUGAUAGGAAUAUUAAACUCGCAUUUUAAUUUAUAUCAUAAUAUUCAUUGACGAUCUAAGAUGUAUGUCGCGCAAAUAUUCGAUUAGACUUGGUACUUAUGUGUGCGGGAAGGUAAUAUCAAUAAUUAAUGACACUAAAAGUUACAAAGGAGGAUUACAUAUUCAUAUAUAUUGUUAUAUGAAAUAAUCGUAUAAUUUACAAAUGUUAAAUGAACCGAAUGCAGUUAUUUACAGUAAUGAGCUCCGUGUGCGUUUUGAGCCUGUAAUUCACUCAACAUAAAGUGAUUCCUUCAGUUUUGAUCUCUAUCCGCUAUACAUUUAUAUCUAUAUAUUUAUCUUUUCUUUUUUUUUUAGUGUGCAAUCUCAAUAAAUAUCACUUAACUCU